UAUAAAAAAAUACUACUAAUCAUCAGCAGAUGGCGCCGUUUCUGUUCUGCACUAAACUUGGACCAACUACUGUGGGGUUGUCGUGUAUGGAUAAAUGCUACCAAUGUGUGGACUGAUUAGGUGCAGAUUUGAAGUCACUGUUAAUACCCAGCAAGAACAAAGAUUCAGUUUUGCAUUUGAUGCCAGUCAUCUCAAAACUACUGUAGACUGAUAACGUUUGAUUCAUCAGGUCAGUCCCAAUACUUCAGCAAAACUCAAAACACUUGUUUAAAGAUGUCAAGUUAAACGAAUUGUUUAUCAGUAUUAUUUUUUGCAUAACCAUCAUUUUCUCUUGACUUAUAACGAACUUUGUUUUACAUGUUUGACCUAAUCUAAUAUCCAAAUAUCGAUCUAUCAAGCCCUCCCCUUUCAAAAUCUUUUAGCCAAUCAAAUUCUCAAAUAUCACAGCGUUGUUACUGAUUGGUCAGUGAGUGUCGACACUUAUCCGUGCGCUCUUUAAAUCUCCCUCUGCUCUGCUAUGAGCUUCUGGAACACUUUGUAUAAAUAUAAAAAAUCAAAAGGACGUGUAUUGUAAUUAUCCAGUUAUUUCUUUGUUUUUAUUAAACACCGAACAUAGAAAAAACAAUGGUUGAGCAAUUCGUUGGUAAAUGGAAAAUGACUUCAAGUGACAAUUUUGAUGAAUACAUGAAGGCUGUAGGUGCUGGUUUUGCUUCUAGGCAAAUGGCUAACCUAGCAAAACCCAGUCUGGCCAUUGCCGUGGAUGAGCAGGGGCUCGUCUCCAUGAAAGCUGUCACUACCUUCAAAACCCUGGAAAUCAAAUUUCAGUUUGAUGAAGAAUUUGAUGAGACAACAGCAGAUGACAGGACAGUCAGGACUACCAUGAGCCUUGUAGAUGGUAAACUUAUACAAAAGCAGACCUGGGAGGGGAAGACCACGAUAAUUGAAAGAGAGAUUCAAGACUCCAAAAUGAUUGCGAAAUGUAUCAUGGAUGAUGUGGUCGCUAUCAGGACAUAUGAGAAAGAUGUGUGAUGAAAGAUGCACAAACUCUGGGCUUUAAGACAGAUUAAAGACCUCAUUAGACUUUAAUAUGGUUCAAUUUGACUGAUUUGAUGUGAAUCAUGAAUUGCUUGGUUGCAAUAAUUUUG